CCGCUCCAAGUCCCUUUACGCUCGCGCGCUCCUGUGCGCUCCUGUGCGCUCUUGCUGUUCCCGGCAACCAGCCUUUCAAACUGGUGCAGUAACUAUGCGAUCAGAACAGCUGAGCUGUAUCUCCGGGUAGUGUCAGGGGUACUUUUAAUCUCCCAUUUAUCCUUUUCAACUGUAAAUGCCGCCUCCGCCCAGAGCCUCCCUCCUCCGCCGCGGUUAUGGCGCCGCCGGAACUCCGGGGACCGGGGCGGAAGGCGCGGCCAGGCCUCUCGGCCCCGGGACGCGGCGGCGUCCGCCCUGAACGGCAGCGCUCAACCUCGUCGCCUUCCCGUUAGUGAGCUUUUAUCUGAAGUGGCGUAAAUUACAAUGAACAGCCUGUCAGUUCUACUCAUUGUGUGUUUGCUUCUAAGGACUUGCGAAUUAAAAGCAGCCAGUGCCUUUAAACCAAAUAUUCUACUGAUAAUGGCAGACGACCUUGGCAUUGGGGAUCUUGGUUGCUAUGGGAACGAUACACUGAGGACGCCAAAUAUCGACCGACUGGCAGAGGAAGGCGUGAGGCUCACCCAGCACCUGGCGGCCGCCCCGCUCUGUACCCCCAGCAGGGCUGCCUUCCUCACGGGGAGACACUCUCUCCGAUCAGGCAUGGAAGCCAGUGACGGAUACCGGGCGCUUCAGUGGAACGCUGGCUCCGGCGGGCUCCCUGAGAAUGAGACCACAUUUGCAAGAAUCCUGCAGCGGGAAGGUUACGCAACAGGCCUCAUAGGAAAGUGGCACCAGGGCGUAAACUGUGAAUCCCGCACGGACCACUGCCACCACCCACUCAACCACGGGUUCGACUAUUUCUACGGCAUGCCUUUCACCCUUGUCAACGACUGUCACCCAGGCCGGCCCCCGGAAGUGGACGCGUCCCUGAGAGCACAGCUCUGUCACUACACCCAGCUCAUGGCGCUGGGAAUUCUGACGCUUGCUGCUGGCAGAACCUGUGGGUUCGUCUCCGUUUCCUGGAAAGCAGUGAUGGGUCUGGCCUGCCUGGUCUUUCUGUUUUUCGUCUCCUGGUACAGCAGCUUUGGAUUUGUGGGUCGUUGGAAUUGUAUCCUGAUGAGAAACCAUGACAUCAUGGAACAGCCCAUGGUUUUGGAGGGAACGGCCCAUCGUCUGCUAAAGGAAGCUAUUUCCUAUAUUGAAAGAAACAAGGACAGGCCAUUCCUGCUCUUCGUUUCUUUGUUGCAUGUACACAUCCCCCUGGUAACCACAAAAGAGUUCCUUGGGAAGAGUCAGCAUGGCUUAUAUGGUGACAAUGUGGAAGAAAUGGACUGGCUCAUCGGCAGAAUUCUGAAUGCCCUUGAGGAACGUGGCCUGACAAACACCACGUUCACAUACUUCACCUCUGACCACGGAGGACAUCUAGAGGCAAGAAGUGAACACGGCCAGCUGGGCGGAUGGAAUGGCAUCUAUAGAGGUGGCAAAGGCAUGGGCGGCUGGGAAGGUGGGAUCCGAGUCCCGGGAAUCGUCCGCUGGCCUGGGGUGCUCCCGGCCGGCCGGGUGAUCCAGGAGCCCACCAGCCUGAUGGAUGUCUUCCCCACGGUGGUGCAGCUGGCGGGCGGCCAGGUGCCCCAAGACAGGGUGAUGGAUGGUCAUAGCCUGCUGCCCUUGCUGCAAGAAGCUGAUGAGCACUCGGCACACGACUUCCUCUUUCACUACUGCGGGAAGUACCUUCAUGCGGCACGCUGGCAUGACAAGCACAGUGGAAGACUCUGGAAGGUCCAUUACAUGACUCCACAGUUCCACCCCGAGGGAGCUGGGGCCUGCUACGGCCGAGGCGUGUGCCCCUGUUCUGGGGACGGAGUGACCCAGCACAGCCCCCCUUUGCUGUUUGACCUCUCCAAGGAUCCUUCCGAGGCACGGCCCCUCUCCCCCGGCACUGAGCCCCUGUACCAGGCGGUGAUCGCCACGGUGGGCGAGGCGGUGAGGAACCACAGGAAGACGCUGAGUCCCGUCCCCCAGCAGUUUUCACUGAGCAACAUCCUGUGGAAGCCGUGGCUGCAGCCGUGCUGUGGGACCUUCCCCUUCUGCUCUUGCAGCCAGGACGGAGACCACAGUGAGACAUGACGUCCCAUCGUCCGGGUGGCUGCCGUCACAAAGACAGGACCGAACACGGGCUGGCGAGGACGUGGCGGAAAGGGAGCUCUGUCCUGCCCUGUCGGUGGGCACGUAAAUGGGUGCAGCCACUAUGGGAAACAGUAGGGAGGGUCCUCAGAAAAUUAGCACUACGUUAUGACCCAGCAAUUCCACUUCUGGGUAUUUAUCUGAAGAACUCCAGAACCCCGAUUUUGAAAAGAUAGAUGCACCCCUGUGUUCAUUGCAGCCUUAUUCACAAUAGGCAAGAUAUGGAAGCAACCUAAGUGUCCAUCAAUGGAUGCUGGGAUACAGAAGAGAUGCAGACAUGACGGCUUAGAACAGGUGAUGAGUUAACAGGUUAAAUCAAUGGGGAUCAUGUGACCGUGUGUGUGUGUAUGUCAAAUCUAAUACGCCCUACAUACAUACAACUUCAUUUGUCAAUUAUACCCCCAUAAAUCUGGAAAACACAGUUCUCCAAAGACAGGGACCAUGACAGGGGACCCAAGCAAGAGCGACAAGAGUCCACACAAAUCUAUCAUGCGGUCCUGGCUUACGUUCCCCUUUCUCCAGGAGCAUAUCCUGGGGGGUCGCUUUUCUCAUCUCUGUACGUGCACAUAGACAAAAAUCGAACACAAAACUGUAAAACAGUAAACAGACUUGAA